GCCAGUGAAGCACCCAGCCUGCCAAACAAGCCUGAGUUUGGGGUCAGGAACCGGUCUGACAAGAGAAUGGCAAUCCUGCCUGUAAACUGUCAAUAGGACUAUACAUUUGAGGAUGAACCUACCAGAACACUGGCUCCAAAGGCGACACACCGAACAAGAAAAUGUCAAGACAUAUUUCAGGAUACUGUGAGUGUUACUAAAGAUGUCCGAUAGUGUCGAUAUUGAAGAGAAACCGCCAGCCCCUCCCUUGAGAAUGAACAGUAGUUCCCGAGACUCAUCAGUGAAUCACGGCUCCAAACCUCUCCCAAUGGCUCCUGAAGAGAAGAACAAGAAGGUCCGCCUGCGCUCCAUCUUCCCUGGAGGAGACAAGACAAACAAGAAGAAGGAGAAGGAGCGUCCUGAGAUCUCCCUGCCUUCAGACUUUGAGCACACCAUACAUGUCGGUUUUGACGCUGUUACAGGAGAGUUCACUGGCAUCCCAGAGCAGUGGGCGCGCCUCCUUCAGACCUCCAACAUCACCAAGCUGGAACAGAAGAAGAACCCUCAGGCCGUGCUGGACGUGCUUAAGUUCUACGACUCCAAAGAGACGGUCAACAACCAGAAAUACAUGAGUUUCACCUCUGGAGACAAAUCAGCACAUGGAUACAUAGCAGCCAACACUCUGAAGGCUGUUGUUCCCAGGCGGUGGUGCCGGCCUGUUGACUCCCAGCACUCUGAGGGUCCUGAUGAAGUGUUGGUAGAGCAGAACCGACUGCUGUCGUCUGGGCCUCCUGUCAGCCUUAGAACCUGCAGCGCAUUAUUUGACAAGGGUGCAAAGACAUCCACAGAGCCCCCGAUAGCGCCCCCUGUGUCGGAGGAGGAUGAUGAGGAGGAGGAAGAGGAGGAGGAGGAGGAGGAUGACGAUGAGCUACCGCCUGUCAUCGCACCUCGACCUGAGCACACUAAAUCUAUAUAUACCCGCUCUGUCAUCGAGCCCUUGGCGCCUCCCGCCCCUGUGAAGGAGGUCACAACCCCACCGGAGUCCCAGGUCCAGCCAGAGAACACGUCCAGCACUCUGUACCGCCACACCGACCGGCAGAAGAAGAAGUCCAAGAUGACAGACGAGGAGAUUCUGGAGCGACUGAGGAGCAUUGUGAGUGUGGGGGACCCCAAAAAGAAGUACACACGCUUUGAGAAAAUAGGACAAGGGGCAUCUGGCACUGUAUACACAGCCAUUGACAUUGCUACUGGCCAGGAGGUGGCCAUCAAGCAGAUGAACCUCCAGCAGCAGCCCAAGAAGGAGCUCAUCAUCAAUGAGAUCCUGGUGAUGAGGGAAAACAAAAACCCCAACAUAGUCAAUUACUUGGACAGUUACCUAGUAGGGGAUGAGCUGUGGGUGGUGAUGGAGUACCUGGCUGGAGGCUCACUAACUGAUGUGGUGACUGAGACCUGCAUGGAUGAGGGCCAGAUCGCUGCAGUCUGCAGAGAGUGUCUGCAGGCUCUGGACUUCCUGCACUCCAACCAGGUGAUCCACAGAGACAUCAAAAGUGACAACAUCCUACUGGGCAUGGAUGGCUCGGUCAAGCUCACCGACUUCGGGUUCUGUGCCCAGAUCACCCCAGAGCAGAACAAGCGCAGCACCAUGGUGGGCACGCCCUACUGGAUGGCACCCGAGGUGGUGACCCGCAAGGCCUACGGGCCCAAGGUGGACAUCUGGUCCCUGGGUAUCAUGGCCAUAGAAAUGGUGGAGGGAGAACCUCCCUACCUGAAUGAGAACCCUCUCAGGGCCUUGUACCUUAUCGCCACCAACGGGACUCCAGAGCUCCAGAACCCUGAGCGUUUGACCUCCGUGUUCAGAGACUUCCUCAACCGUUGCCUGGAGAUGGACGUCGACCGCAGAGGCUCAGCCAAGGAGCUCCUCCAGCAUUCGUUCCUGAAGUUAGCCAAGCCCCUGUCCAGCCUGAGUCCCCUGAUUGUCGCAGCCAAGGAAGCCAUAAAGAACAGCAGCCGCUAGGGGGCACCGUGUGUCCACACACAGAGCUGGACCCUGCUCCAUGGGGUUGUGUGACAGAGAGUAACCAACCCCCUGCUGCCUCAUACAGAGGAUGGACAGCUGGCCUACAGGGCCUCUCAGCGGUCAGACGCUGAUACUGAAUCACCUUCCUGCCUCCUCUUUUAGUCCGCCAGCAUUCUGUACAUGUGGAGCGGUCCAUCAGAACUGUGUAAGCGUGUGUGUGUAAGCGUGUGUGUGUAAGCGUGUGUGUGUAAGCGUGUGUGUCCUGUGAGGGGAGUAUAUGCUCCUAAACAAAAAAAGAAAAAAAGAGAAAAUACAAAUAAAAAACGUGCUCCUUUUCAAGAGGGAGAGAUCCAGGAAGAGAAGUCGAAAGUAACAGCACUGAGAGCUUGUGAUUCCUCCCCUUUCUGUCCAGCGAUCACCUUGGUUCCCUUUCCUCUAGGCCUUUUCAUAAGGCCUCUCCUGCAGUGAACAUUUUACAUGAGAGACAGACUCCGGGACUCUGGAACCAACAUAUGCCUGCAUGACUUUGGCUCUGUGUAACCAACUUGCAACCUGCUCAUCCUCUGCAGGUGUGUGUGUGUGUGUGUGUGUGUGUGUGUGUGUGUGUGUGUGUGUGUGUGUGUGUGUGUGUGUGUGU